UUUUUUAAAAGCGGAAACAAACGUCACGUGAAUAUUAUCUAGGCGGAAGUUGGGAUGCUGCGGAACAUCCACAAGUGUCUAUAACACUGUGUUCUUUCGGGUGGUGCAUUUGUUUUGGUUUUUUAUUUAUGUAUUUUCUUUUUUUAAUACGGAGGUGUCAGUUUUUGGUAUAAUUUGAAACUUGUGUUUUUGUUUUGGUGCUGUGACAAUUCACAACACCUGGAUUUCUCUGUUUACAGGUUAUGGCAAAGCUCGUCAACAGAGCAAUCAAAUUGGUUGUAGUGGGAGACGGAACUGUUGGUAAAACUUGUUUACUCAUAUCUUACACCACAGGAGCUUUUCCAGAUGAAGAAUACGUACCAACUGUAUUUGAUAACUAUGCUGGGUGCAUGGAAAUAGACAAUAUACGGGUCAGUUUAACUCUCUGGGACACUGCCGGGCAGGAAGAUUACGAAAGAUUACGGCCCUUAUCGUAUCCAGGUACAGAUGGUUUCCUGCUGUGUUUUAGUGUGGAUAACAACAGAUCUUAUGAAAAUAUCUCAACAAAAUGGUAUCCAGAAAUAAGGCAUCUCUGCCCUACCACCCCUUUUAUCUUAGUAGGUACUAAAACAGAUCUAAGAGAAAAUGCAGAAGGACAGUCUAAAGAUAAAUUUAUUAGUAGAACGCAAGGGAAAAAACUGGCUUCAAAAAUUAAGGCUGCCAAAUAUGUAGAAUGUUCAGCAAAGGAAAUUAAUGGAGUAAAAGAAGUAUUCGAAGAAACUGUGAGAGCAGUUUUGUCUCCAAAACAUUCACAUAUCAGAAUCCAUCACUGUAAAUUGCUUUAAGUUCCAUUACUUUUUUUUAAUCCUGUAAUUUUAUACCUUAUACUUUUCUCAUUUUUUUUCUUCCCGUUUAAUAAAGUAUAUCUGUAUUUUA